AGGCAACUACAUUUCCCGGCAGGUCCCCGGAGGAGGGGCGUCAAGAGACCGGGAAAGCGACUCUGGGCUGCUCGGCAUCUCCCAGAGUUUGUCAGGUAGCACUUUGAGGAUGGAGCUGUCGCGAGGAGCCAGCGCCCCGGACCCAGACGAUGUCCGACCUCUCAAACCCUGUCUGCUACGCCGCAACCACAGCCGUGAUCAGCACGGCGUGGCGGCCUCCAGCCUCGAGGAGCUGAGGAGCAAAGCCUGUGACAUACUGGCCAUUGAUAAGUCCCUGACACCAAUCACCCUGGUCCUGGCAGAGGAUGGCACCAUCGUGGACGACGACGACUACUUCCUUUGUCUCCCUACCAACACGAAGUUCGUGGCAUUGGCCUGCAAUGAGAAGUGGACUUACAACAAUUCAGAUGGGGGAACAGCUUGGGUUUCGCAAGAGUCCUUUGAUACAGAUGAAACAGAUAGCGGGGCAGGGGUGAAGUGGAAGAAUGUGGCCAGACAGCUGAAAGAGGAUCUGUCCAGCAUCAUCCUACUGUCAGAAGAGGACCUUCAAGCUCUCAUUGACACCCCGUGUUCAGAGCUGGCUCAGGAACUUUGCCAAAGUUGUGCCACCGUCCAAGGGCUCCAGAACACACUCCAGCAGGUGCUGGACCAGCGAGAAGAAGCCCGCCAGUCCAAGCAGCUCCUGGAACUCUACCUGCAGGCCUUGCAAAAGGAGGGCAGCAUCUUCUCCAAGCAGGAAGAAGCUAACGCUGCCCUUGGUGAAGAGUUGGAUGCAGUUGACACAGGCAUCGGCAGAGAGAUGGCUUCAGACAUGGUGCUUACAAGCCACACCCUCACUGCACUGAAGGAGAAGCCUGCUCCAGAGCUGAGUUUAUCUAGUCAGGAUUUGGAGCUGGUCUCCAAGGAGGACCCCAAAGCCCUGGCUGCUGCUCUGAGCUGGGACACACAGAAGGCAGAGACAGUGCAGCAGGCCUGUAGCACGGAGCUCGCCCUGCGCCUGCAGCAAAUGCAGAGCUUGCGUUCACUCAGGAAUCUUUCCGCACAGAAGACUCCACUGCCUGGGGUACAGCAGAGUCCCAAACGGGCCAAACAAGACCCGGCAUAGCACGACGGGAGGCAAGCUCUGCUGAGGAAAAGCCUUGGUUCUGUCACCAGUAAAU